AUGUCUCCUCACGCAGACGGACCGACUGCCAACAACGGCAAUGGCUCAACGACUGAGUCGAGAUACCAUUCUUCCUCGACCAAGAGCGCGAUUGACGCCGAGAACAAAUACGCCGCACACAACUACCACCCUCUUCCCGUUGUCUUCGCUCGCGCGCAAGGUGCCGAUGUUUGGGACCCGGAAGGAAAGCACUACAUCGAUUUCCUCUCCGCAUACAGCGCCGUCAACCAAGGCCAUUGUCACCCGGAGCUCAUCAAGGCUCUUACCGAACAGGCCGGAAGAUUGACUUUGAGCUCUAGGGCAUUUUACAAUGACGUAUUUCCCAAGUGGGCCGAAAAGGUGCAAUCGAUGUUCGGGUAUGACAUGGUUUUGCCCAUGAACACCGGAGCUGAAGCCGUGGAGACGGCCAUAAAGGUUGCGAGAAAGUGGGCGUACAAAGUCAAGGGGGUGCCCCAAGACAAGGCACUGGUAUUCGGUGCCGAGGAAAACUUCCACGGCCGCACAAUGACGGCUGUGACCCUGUCCACUGACCCAGAGUCGAAAGCAAACUACGGCCCAUAUGUACCUAACGUUGGGGCCGUCUCCCCAUCGACUGGUAAGGCAAUUCGGUACAACAACGUAGCCGAUCUGGAGGAAGUGCUAGAGGCUCAUGGAAAGGAGACUGCUGCAUUCAUUGUCGAGCCAAUUCAGGGAGAGGCAGGCGUAGUGGUUCCUGAUUCUGAUUACUUGAGCAAGGUCCAGGCGCUUUGCAAGAAGCACAAUGUUCUGCUUAUCUGUGAUGAGAUUCAAACGGGUAUCGGUCGCACAGGACGGAUGCUAUGUUCUGAGUGGGCGGGCAUCAAGCCAGACAUGAUUACGUUGGGCAAAGCUAUCUCUGGUGGCAUGUAUCCCGUCAGUUGUGUCCUCGGUAGUAAAGACAUCAUGCUUGUUGUCGAGCCUGGAACCCACGGUUCCACGUAUGGUGGAAACCCAUUAGGUUGCGCUGUCUCUAUUCGUGCUCUUGAGCUCAUGGAGGAGGAGCAGCUUACCCAGAAAGCUGAGAAGCUGGGUAAUAUCUUCCGCGACGGGUUGACAGCACUUAAUUCGCCUCUUAUCAAGACCGUCCGCGGAAAGGGGCUACUAAAUGCCGUUGUUAUCGACGAAUCAAAAACGAAUGGCCACUCAGCUUGGGACCUAUGCAUUCUCCUAAAAUCAAAGGGACUUUUGGCUAAACCGACACAUGGAAAUAUCAUCCGGUUCGCACCACCAUUGGUCAUCUCGGAGACACAGCUGCGAAAGGCAAUGACCAUCAUUGGUGACGCACUACAGGAGCUACCAAAUCUAAAGCAACAUGAGAAUGUCCACGUCGAACUGGAGAAUUGA